CCGCAUGCCACCCUUGCUUGACCGGUUGACUACAACAGCGAAGGUAUACUUUUACAAUCACAUAUCUUUACACUUGCAGCAAAAUGAGCCUGGAAGAUGAUCCGAUGCUCUCGAGUCUCCCUCGUCUGUUGGCUUGGAAAGACAAGGGCACCUUGACGGUGGUGGACGGGGUGGAACUGUUUUCCAUUGCCACACCGGGCUUUGGCCUUGCAACAACUAAUAAAAAGCCCCAUUUGUUGAUUCUGCAUGGCUACCCUACGGCGUCGUACGAUUUCCACAAGAUUUACAAUGCCCUGACUGCCAAAUUUGAAGUGCUGUGCUGGGAUUUUGCGGGAUUUGGAUUUUCGCAAAAAGUGUAUCGGACCAUUGGACAACAAGUGGACUUGUUGGAAGGAUUGUUGGAGCAAAAUGUAACCAACAAUGACAAUGAUCUUUCGCUCCACAUUUUAUCGCAUGACUUGGGAGAUACAUUGGUGCAAGAAAUGAUUGCACGGGGACGCAAUUUCUCGGCGACCAUUGAAUCGAUUGUCAUGCUCAAUGGCGGGAUUCUUCCCAACGAGUGUCAACCCACCGUGGUUCAAAAACUCAUGCUGAUUCCAGGCAUUAACCACGUGGGGGCCAUGUUGGUACAGAAUUUGCGUGUGUUUAGCAAGUCCGUUUCCAAAGUCUUUGGUCCUCAUACGCAACCCACACACGAGGAACUCCGAGAAUUGCACGCCCUGGCACUGUGUCGGGGAGGACAUGCGGUCGCGGCACACAAUAUAAAAUACAUUACGGAGCGUCAAAUCUUUCACGAUCGAUGGGUGACGGCCCUCCAGUCGUAUGCGAAACAUCGGCAUUUGUUGUUCCUCAAUGGACCGGCCGAUCCGGUGUCGGGACGACACUUGGCCACUGCCGUGCAAGAACAAAUUCCAGGAGCCAAAGUGGUCUUUUUGGACAACGAUAUUGGACAUUGGCCACAAAUCGAGGCACCCAAAGCCACCAUUGACGGCAUUAUGGAGUUUCACAAACAGCAGCUUGGGACAUUUUGAAGAAAAAGAGCAAGGGCUAAACUAAACGAGCGAAUCGAAUCCAUCCUUCCUUGUCAUAUAUACAUGCUCGUGCGGAUCACAGCAGCUCCCGUCGAUAUACACCAUCACCCCAUGGCGAUGCACCCUGGAGGAAUUCGCCCGCCCCCCAAAAUCAUCCAGGAUGAACGCUACGACGGCGGAUGAAUCCUCAAGCAUGAGGGAAAAAGACGGGACGAAGAAACAUCCACGCCCUUGGAAGCAGCACCAACCUCGAAAACGGGACGGUUCAUGCACAAAGCAACAAAAACACAGGUCAUGUUGCAAUACACACGACAACAAACCAGGGAUUCCACCCUGAAGGAAAUCUCCUGCAGUGGGGACCCACAAAUGAAUCAUCCAAGAUAAAUUCUCCGUGGGCACAAGAACCCGGAGGGGAAAAACAGCAGGAUGAGGUAACAGCCACGCCAUUGGAAACAGCAGCAGCCUCGAAAACAGGACGGUAAAUGCACAAAGCAACAAAAACACAGGUCAUGUCGCAAUACACACGACAACAAACCAGGAAAUCCAAAGGCUCCCUUUAU